AUGAAACCUUCCCCCUACCCCACACCCCGCCCCCAGUAGCCCUGGUCGCCACCCCUAGAAGAUAGCGGAACCCAGAAAAGAAGAGGCUCGUGGACAGAAAAGUCAUGUCCGACUCCCUGGUGGUGUGCGAGGUGGACCCAGAGCUAAAGGAAAAGCUGAGGAAAUUCCGCUUUCGAAAAGAGACAGACAACGCAGCUAUCAUAAUGAAAGUGGACAAAGACCGGCAGAUGGUGGUGUUGGAGGAAGAAUUUCAGAAUAUUUCUCCGGAGGAACUAAAAAUGGAGUUGCCAGAGAGACAGCCAAGGUUCGUGGUUUACAGCUACAAGUAUGUGCACGCUGAUGGCCGAGUGUCCUACCCCUUGUGUUUCAUCUUCUCCAGCCCCGUGGGCUGCAAGCCCGAACAACAGAUGAUGUAUGCAGGGAGUAAAAACAGGCUGGUGCAGACAGCAGAGCUCACAAAGGUGUUUGAAAUCCGCACCACUGAUGACCUCACCGAGGCCUGGCUCCAAGAGAAGUUGUCUUUCUUUCGUUGACCUCGGGGAUGGAAACCUGAUUUCCUGAUGUCUGAGUCCCCUCUGGGGACCCCUAGGACCUGAACAUCUGAAACCUUAAAGGAAUUAAAAUGCAAGAACUCAAGAGAC